CGUAGAUCGAAUCGCUUCGAAUUAAUCUAAUCAGUGUCGUGUGUGAUUUCCAAAUAAUAAUAAAGUGUUCCAUUCGAAAGGUUAACACAACCACAGCGAAAAUUAUUUUGUACAAUUUACAGUGUCUUCACUACAUUAGUUAUAUGAUUAUUUGAUAUUAAUUUUUUGGAAAAAAUAUGGGCAUGUUGCUUAGGACUAGAAAAGUUGCCCUAGGGCUUAAAGUGAUCUGUAUCGUCUCAGUGACAGCUACUUACGCCGUUCUGGGAGCUGUUUCCCGGAAGCACAGGACGGAAGAAGACUCAGAGUUUGAAAAUGUGCCGACUGGCCGCCACUUGCUCGGCCUCAUCCCCCCCUUCAACUGCACCCCCGCCGCCAUCAACGAGUUCCCAGCCGACGGUUUCAGCCGCCUCCAGCGGCAAAACGGCUGGAUCGUCCUGCACGUCCUGCUGGCCUGCUACUUAUUCAUCCUUCUAGCUGUCGUCUGUGACGAUUAUUUCGUCCCUGCCAUUAAAAAAUUCUGUGAUAGCUUAAACAUGCGAGAAGACGUCGCCGGAGCCACUUUCAUGGCCAUGGCCAGUUCUAGUCCAGAGUUAUUCAUCAACUGCGUCGGCACCUUCGUCACUCAGGGCGAUAUCGGCGUCGGUGCCAUCGUGGGCUCAGCAGUAUUUAAUGUUCUGGCCGUUCCUGCAUGUUGUGGCCUUUUUGCCAACAUGGUGAUUUAUUUGGACUGGUGGCCGAUCAGUCGCGAUAGUAUGAUGUAUGGCAUUUCGGUCAUUCUUCUCAUUUGUUUUCUCCAAGAUGGGAAAAUUUAUUUGUACGAAGCCUUCGCACUGAUUCUAGUUUAUGCUAUUUAUAUUUUGAUAAUGUUUUUCAACAGUCCUUUGAUGCGAUUGGCAAACUCAUUAGUGAGCAAAUGCCGUCGCAAGGGCCACUACGUGGAGAUCAUCGCCGAAACGACUCCCUUGCUGACCAGAGGGGAGGAGAAAAGCGGCGUCAGCGAAAUUCUCGAGACCGAGUUCACUCUAAAAGACUGCGAAGAUCUGGAGGAAUCGACCAAAAUCUGGGAAUGGCCCAGCGACCAGUCGAGGAGAGGCCAAUUCUGGUGGGUCCUGACCUGGCCCAUAUCCUUUCUCUUGUACCUCACCACCCCCGAUUGCCGCAAGUACCCCCGGCUUUUCGUCGUCACCUUCAUCAUGUGCAUUUUUUGGAUCGGGGUCACUUCUUAUAUAAUUUCCUGGCUGAUAACAGUCAUUGGUGAUACGUUGGAUAUUCCCGACUCUGUGAUGGGUCUCACGUUCCUUGCGGCAGGGAUGAGUGUGCCUGAGGCCGUUUCCAGCGUAAUAGUCACAAAUCAAGGGUAUGGAUCGAUGGGGCUGAGCAGUUCGAUCGCGUCCAAUACUUUCGAUAUUUUGCUAUGUCUCGGAUUGCCUUGGUUUAUCAAAACGGGGUAUUACCCGAAAUCGCCGAAAAAACGCUACAUUAAAAUCAACUCGGCUGGGCUCAGCUACAGCGCGAUUUCGCUACUUUCCACCCUUGUGCUGUUUUACCUUAGUGUGGCUUUUAAUAAAUUCAGACUGAACUGGAAAGUGGGCCUGAGUUGUCUUCUGAUGUACAUUGCGUUCCUCACGCUUGCAUCCCUUAUCGAACUGAACACUUUCUUCCCGGUGAACUUACCCACAUGUGAUCGAUGAGAAAACAGCGCUUUAGUAUUAGCCAUCGACUGAUUAUUCGUAGAAAUGAAAUAUUUUACCUUUGUUUACUACUUUUUUUGAAAUAAAUAUUUGAAAAGUU